ACCAAUUUCGCAGAAACUCUCGUUAUACGUCGUGCUUUUCUGACCGAAGAUGAAGUCAAACAAGCUAACGAGCAGCGAUUGAAGUACAAAGGCGCCGCCCGAGUUAUGAUUUCGGAGAUCCAUUUUAGGGGUCCAAGAAGCCAGUGGGUUGAUCAUAGAAACGUAGAAAGGCUCUGUAAUAUUUUCCAAAAGAGCGGUUACCGCCGGUUUGAGCUCGCCAACUACGUACCCGCCACCCUCUCACAGCAGGCGUUAGCGGACGCGCUGAAGAACGCUGAUAUCCACGCUUAUUCGCUUUUAACGAGCUCUGGGAAAAGUAUACCUACUUUAACAUUUCCAAAAGGGCAGUUAAGAGGUCUUCAUGGCCGUCACCGCUUGUAUACUGCGUCUAAGGUAUUAGCGCCCGCCGAGCGAUGGUGGACGGUAGAUCUCUUCUUGGACGACCUUAGUGUACCCCUAAGAACAUCAUUGAUUGAGGAGUACGCUAACGAGAGGAAACCAACAGAUAGCGAGAUAUAUAGGAAAAUCCGACAGUACGAAAGCGAGGGAAAUAGUUUGCUUCGACGGAAGUGGUUGUCGCGCUUAUCUGAGAACAACCAAAACCGAAUAAAGCAGCUAAGCAAAGAGACCAAUGAACAACUACGUGAAGGAUUUGAUAGGUUACUUGCCAUUCCGGGUCUUUGGCUGGAUGCUAUCCAGGAAGUGCUCACAUACCUUGAUCACAUUUUUGACACAUACUUGUCUUUUGUCGACGGUGACCGAGCUGCUCUCACACGCAUUGAUCCUGAGACUGUGCUGCAAUUACAAUCAAAGGCUCCUGGAAACUGCAAGACCGAUGCAAACAAAAUCAAGGGACUCAUACUUGGCCGGCAAAUAUUUUCUUCCUUUGAUGAAUCCCAACGCAAAGAAAUUUGGAGACGUAUUAAGCAUUUCGAUAGGAUUAUACUAUCUCUAUAUACGUUCUGGAAAGAUUUCUACUUUUUCGAACGCUACGCACAUUGCAUAAAACGGCUUUUCGGCGCCCCGAAAGGAAAUUUUGUGAAUGCACCAGACAGUCAAGAUUGUUUAGUACAAACUUCCGAGUUCGCGUAUCGUCGACAGGCUACCAACAGUAUUAAUAGUCUCGAUAUCGGAUAUCGGCAGCUGUGGUUGUACGCAAUACGACAUUAUGAGUCGAUGCCGCCACCCGCUAGGAACGAUAAGGAGCUAUUGACCAAGUCAGAACGCGGAGAGCUUGAUGAGCGUGUACUUUUUGAAAUAGCCGGACUAGCCCGCCGGCUUAGCUUUUGGUCCAAGGAGAUCAAACAAUUACUCCAAAGGUCACCUGACCGUUUGAUUACACGUAAUACUCUGCUCCGAGCCCGAAAGCCGGAUCAUUUUCACUACGAACCUGAACAAUUCGAGACUCUUGUUGAUUGUGUAGUUGAGUGUUUCUCGGCAGCUGUUGAACACAGAGAAACAACUUGCGAGAUCCUUGCAGACACUAGGGUGUCUUCUCGAGCGAGAAGUGGCUUCCCACAGAACAAAACCCAUGCACAAGAUACUCCACACCUUUUCUUCGAUUAUGUACAUGCCGAAACGCCAUUUCCUCCCCUAACGACCUUGUUUGUUCGGCGCUGUAUUUAUUUCGCCUACUUUAGAAGACGUUCGUCUUCAAAAUCAACAGCGGAAAGCUUACCACACAGUAUAACUACGCGAGAUAUAUCCCCACUCUUCGUCAAUGAAAGCGACUCGCCGGAUCCAGCUCCCGACGUACAACCAGGAGAGGUCAACCCGUCGUGGUCAGUCCAGGAGAACUACCAAGAGGAAACAGAUAACCUAGUAGCCCUUGCUGACCCCAUAGACGGCAUUGAGAACGAGCACGUGAGUAUUGAAAGCUCCGUAGCUGCCGAAGAUCAAAAUGACUCUGCAGAGGCGCUGGAAGGCCAAGAGGCAGAUAAGGUUUCCCCAAGGCUAUUGCUCGAUCCUCUCGAUUUAAGGUCUCCCAUCGCUUCCCAACAUAAGAGUAGCGAUGCACAUACUAGCCAUUCUCAAAGCCCAGGACAACUUUCAACCCCCGAAGAGAGUGCUUCGGAACACGAAGAUCCAGAGCAGGGGGACCUAAAUCCUGCUAGAAUUUACUCUCCCUCUGUGUAUUCUGUGCGAAGGAGAAGUAGCAUUGUCGAAGACAGAGACAUCGAGGCACAACGCAGAUUCGACGAAAAUUUAAUGCGGGCACUUCAGGAACGAGAGAGACUUGAUGAAGAUUGGGAACGAGAACGAUUGGAGCAAGAAUAUCAAGCAUUGCUUUCGGAUACUGGACAAAAUCAAUCUCAUGUGGCUGCCUUAGGGGCGAUAGAAGAGGAAGUGAAUUCCUUUGAAGAUCCUGCUAGACAGAGGGAUAAGGCUGUGUCUAAUGCGAAUCUCGACCAGGCAAGAGCCGCAAUGACUGAUAUGGAUACUCCAUCACAUACCAGGGAACAGCCGAUCCAUUAUGAGCCGCCUCGUCCUGCAGCUGUUCAUUCAAGUGCAGUUAUUAAUUUCAAAUUCAUGUCUUUCGAGCGUGAUCAAUUCCGAGUGGCUGAUAUUAUCCGGGUGGAACCCUCAGACAGUAAAGCUGUAGAACGAUCUGCUAUAAAAUACAUGCGGAAAGGUUUUGCGCUCUAUAACCAUCUUCAACACAGUGUCAGUCCUGCUAUGUGCUUUCGCGCAGGAACUACGGACAGUAUUAAUACUAUUUUUAUGUUUUCAACUGAAGAGGAGAGAAAACUUAUAGAUCAAAAGCAACUUAUAGGAGCCACGGCUCUACUGCCACGGCUCCCAGACAAGCCAGAAAGGCCUUUGAAAAGAAGACAGCUCGAACAGCUAGAAGAGGUUGAGGAGGAGCUGUAG